CAGAAGAAAGAAAGAAACACUACUCCCUUCAAGCCAUCCCUUGACCACACAGACACGGCGAAAGGACCACCUUUCUUAAUUAGUUUCUUAUUACAGAUUCUCUCUCUUUUGCUGUUCUUUUGCUUUCAAAUCCCAACUUAAGAGUAGUUGUUGCAUGUUAUGGAGAUAGAGCAGGUUGUAAUUAGCAGUGGUGGAGAUGGUGGCUCUGGAGGUGGGAAUGCGGACGCAGGUUUAUCAGGAGGAAGAGGAGAUCAUGGAGUAGGGUCUAUGUUCUUGGUAUGGGAGGAUUUAACAGUGGUUCUGCCAAAUUUUGGCAAUGGACCUACUAGGAGAUUGCUUAAUGGGCUAAAUGGAUACGCCGAGCCUGGUAAAAUCUUGGCUAUUAUGGGUCCAUCUGGGUCUGGGAAAUCUACCCUUCUUGAUGCAUUAGCAGGAAGACUAGCAGGGAAUGCUGUGAUGACUGGGAAUGUUCUACUCAACGGGAAGAAGAGGAGACUGGACUAUGGUGGUGUUGCUUAUGUAACACAAGAAAACACAUUGUUGGGCACUCUCACAGUUAGAGAGACCCUGAAUUACUCGGCUCAUUUGAGACUUCCAAGCAGCAUGGCUAAAGAAGAGAUAGAUGACAUUGUAGAGGGGACAAUCAUGGAAAUGGGUCUCCAAGAGUGCAGUGAUCGGCUGAUUGGAAACUGGCAUUUAAGAGGUAUAAGUGGUGGGGAGAAGAAAAGACUAAGUAUUGCACUUGAAAUCCUUAUAAGGCCACAACUUUUGUUUCUUGAUGAACCUACAAGUGGCCUGGACAGUGCUGCAGCUUUCUUUGUAAUUCAAACUCUUAGAAAUAUUGCUCGCGAUGGAAGAACCGUCAUAUCUUCUGUUCACCAGCCAAGUAGCGAAGUUUUCGCACUCUUUGAUGACCUUUUCUUAUUAUCUGGUGGCGAAACAGUUUAUUUUGGAGAGGCAAAGAUGGCGGUAGAGUUCUUUGCUGAAGCUGGAUUCCCAUGUCCAAGUAGAAGAAACCCUUCUGAUCAUUUCUUACGUUGUAUUAAUUCAGACUUCGACCUUGUCACUGCAACCCUAAUGGGAUCUCACAGAGUAUGUGCAAGUAUGCUAUGGCAGUUUAGUUUUUGCUGUCAUCAACUGAAGGAAAUUCAAAAUCCAUCAGAUUCUUUGGCAAAUUUGCCAACAGCAGAGAUUAAGGCAUCGUUAGUCAAGAAGUACAGGUCCUCCAACCAUGCAGCAAAUGCAAGAGCUAGGAUUCAAGAAAUUGUGGCGAUUAAAGGGCUUGUGGUUAAUAUAAGAAGGGAAAACCAAGCAAACUGGUGGAAACAACUUUCAACGUUGACAAGGAGAUCUUUCAUUAACAUGUGGAGAGAUUUGGGGUACUAUUGGGUAAGGAUUAUCGUCUACAUCUUGUUGUCUAUUUGCGUCGGUACCAUAUUUUUAGACGUUGGCAAAGGUUAUACUGCAAUAUUGGCCCACGGAGCUUGUGGAGGAUUUCUGUCAGGAUUUAUGACAUUCAUGUCCAUUGGAGGCUUCCCCUCCUUCAUUGAAGAACUGAAGGUUUUUUACAAGGAAAGGCUCAAUGGGUAUUAUGGGGUCGCUGUUUAUGUACUGUCAAACUUUCUCUCUUCGUUUCCCUACUUGACUGUGAUGUCAUUCGGCACCUCAAGUAUUACCUACUACAUGGUGAAGUUUCGGCCAGAAUUUUCAAAUUUUCUCUAUGUUUUCUUCGACCUUUUAAGCAGCAUAGCAACUGUGGAGAGUUGCAUGAUGACUAUAGCUUCACUAGUCCCCAACUACCUAAUGGGAUUCGUUAUUGGAUCAGCAUAUAUUGGAAUCCUAAUGAUGACCUCUGGGUUUUUCCGGUUGCUGCCUGAUAUUCCCAAGGUCUUCUGGCGCUACCCAAUUUCUUAUAUCAACUUUGGGUCAUGGGGAUUGCAGGGAGCAUACAAGAACGACAUGAUUGGGCUGGAGUUUGAUCCUUUAGUACCUGGCGGUCCAAAACUGAAAGGAGAAGAAGUUCUCACAACCGUGCUUGGUAUUAGUCUUGAUCAUUCAAAAUGGUGGGACCUGUCUGCUGUCCUGAUCAUUCUCAUUGCUUUCAGACUUCUCUUCUUUGCCAUUCUCAAGUUCAAGGAGAGAACUCUACCCAUGCUUCGGGAGCUUCAUUCCAAGAGGACUCUAAAGCAUCUGAAGAAGAGGCCAUCUUUCAGGAAGACUUCUUAUUCACCCUUCCCUUCAAAAAGACACCAACCUGCUCAUUCUUUGUCUUCUCAAGAGGGUCUCAGCUCUCCAAUUCCUUACUAGUAGACACUUUUCACACAUAUGGCCGCGCUGCACACUAGCCCUGCCUGAUAUUUUAGAGAGAGUUAUGGUGAGGGCAAAACGAAUAAAAAAAAAACCAUACAUGGACUUGCUUUAACCAUUUAAAAUUUAAGAAUUGCUUUUACAAA